GAUGUCGACGAAAUGGCGUCGAGGUAAGUAGGAUUUGAUUACAUGAAUAAUGUUGGUUCUCUAUUUUCCACCAAGGAAUGGAUCGACCUAACGAAGAACGGAAUUAUGUACUACUGUACCUUUCUUCUUUCCAUGUUCAGUGUUUCUCUUUCACGCCGUCCACUCUUUGCGGGAUGGCACUUUUUUUCACCUGCACACAUUAUGAAACUAGUAGAGAUUGUGCGUGGGAGUGCAACAUCAAUGGAAACGGUCUGUGUGAUGCAGCACCUCACAAAACGAAUCGGUAAGAUUGGUGUUGUCGUUGGGAAUUGUGACGGCUUUGUCGGAAAUAGAUUGUUGAUAUCCUAUGGUGCCGAAACAACGUUGUUGCUGGAGGAAGGGGUCGCUUCGGUAUCGUCAGUUGACAAAGCAUUUCUAAAAUUUGGAAUUGCCCUUGGGCCCUUCCAAAUGGCAGACCUGGCUGGACUCGAUAUUGGAUACAAUAUUCGAAAGCAAAGAGGCUGGGUAAGCAGCAGUGGCAAAGCAUCGAAGAAUAAACCAGCCAGAUAUCCUGAAGUUGCGGAUGUCAUUGUAUCGGAUUACAAACGUUUAGGUCAGAAGACGGGCAAGGUAAGUUUAAGAAAUGGAAGACUAUUCUGGAAUUCGCGCAUGCCGAAAUCCAAUUCUCAAUUCAUAUUUGAUGUAUUUUAUAUCCCUGAUAUGAUUGAAGGGUUGGUAUGAUUAUGAUAAGAAUAUUGGAAAAGGGAGAAAAGCACUUCCCAGUAAAGAAGUUGACAGCCUGAUCCGCAAAUAUGCAAAGAGCGGCUGCGCCCCCUUUUCUGAUCAGCAGAUGAUCGAGCGGGUUCUAUUUCCUAUGGUCAACGAAGGAUUCAAGUGUUUAGAAGAAGGGAUCGCAAUGCAGCCAUCCGAUAUCGAUGUUGUGUAUGUCUAUGGAUAUGGCUGGCCAAUCUAUAGAGGAGGACCAAUGUAUUGGGCAGACCAUGAUGUUGGUCUCAAAUAUGUCUUGAGACGUCUACAGGAUUUUUCAAGACAAUUUCCCGACACGGACUACUACAGACCUAGCAAUCUUCUGAAACAGUGCGUAAUGAUGGAUCUGACCGUGGAGGAAUUUUUCAAUCUCGGCCUGAUGAAAAAACGACGCGGACAGUUAUCAAAAUUGUAAUGGUUGCAUGAAAGAAUUCAAUUCAUGGCUACCUCCAAGGGGAUUAUGUCCCGUGAGCUACUAGCGCUAAACGAGAACUAUGUGUUGCUCUUUAGUCUAAGCAUAAUUCUAAGAUUUAUUUUGAAAAAUUGACCACUUCCAAAUUAUCCAUUGCUCGGUUUUGUUUCUAAAUGAUUCAUUUUCACCAUCGUAAGGUAGUUCUAGGAAGGAAUUUAGCGCAGGAGCGGAAAUUCUCUAUUCUUGCCAACAAAUAGUCGUUGUCACUGGUCUAAUAAUCAUGCAUAUUUCAU